CUAGAAGGCCAUACUAGCUCUAUUACGACUGUAGCCUUCUCACAGGACAGGUCAUGGCUGGAAUAUACAUCCCACGAUCAGACUGUGCAGGUGUGGGAUGCCAGUACAGGAGCUGAGGUACAGAAGCUAGAGGGACAUAGUAGUUUUGUCAGUGUGGUGGCCUUCUCGCCUGACGCUUCACUGCUAGCGUCCACAUCCCAUGACCAGACCGUG